AUGAACCGGGACAGAUCGGUACCGGGGCCCGGAACGGACGGGGUCCAGACCGUGAUAAGCCGGGAAAGAGUCGCACCUGGGCCUGUGGUGGACGCGGUUCAGUCCGUCAUGAGCCGGGACAGAGCGGUGCCUGCGCCCGGUGGAGACGGGGUCCAGACCGUGGUGGGCCCGGACAGCGCAGACAUGCUGGACGGAGCUGCUGCCGGGGAGAAGAGGCUCUUCUCCGGUGCGGUGAACGGAGGCAGAGACGCUCAGGCCGUGGAGAACCACACGGAACCUCCGCCGACCAACCCGGUGUUGGCCCCGCCACAGCAGGGCCCGACCGGGCACCGGACCACCUCCUUCUCCGUCCUGGACAUCCUGGACCCAAACAAGUUCACGAGCAACCGGCGGCACGGACAGCAGCACGCGAGCCGGGCCGAGCGCGAGCGUGAGCGCGAGCUGGGCUCGUACGGAGCGGAGAACAGGAGAGCGGGAACCGGGGAGCGCGAGCCCAGCCUCGAGCCCAGCAAAGGCUGCUACGGUGCUGAUGAAUACCAGAGCAAGGAAGGAUUUGUGUACAGAAGUCCAGAUGAGGAUGACUACCACAGAUCUGGGACCCCAGACUCAGAGGCUGCAGAUGAGCCCUACAGCAGUGAGGAGAGCAGCUCGGCUCUGCCCGGUAACGGAGACAGAGGUCUGAGCCAGCACGGCCACCAGGACCUCAACGCAGACACCAAAAGCCCCGGAGGAAGCUCCUCAGGCCAGAUCAGCAACUCCCAGAGCAACGGGGGCCAGGGCUCCCAGGGCAAGCCUAAGAGGAAGCGCUCUGGCUCAGACGCCAAGUCGGGGAAGCCCCGCAGAGCCCGGACUGCCUUCACCUACGAGCAGCUGGUGGCACUGGAGAACAAGUUCAAGUCCACGCGCUACCUGUCAGUGUGCGAGCGGCUCAACCUGGCGCUGUCCCUCUCCCUCACUGAGACACAGGUCAAGAUCUGGUUCCAGAACCGCCGGACCAAGUGGAAGAAACAGAACCCCGGCGCAGACACCUCCGCCCCCACCGGAGGAGGGGGAGCAGGGGGAGGCGGGGGAAUGGGGGGGGGCAUGGGGGGCCUCAGCCCUCUCAGCCCGUCCCCUCCCGUCAGCGGGCACCUGGCCAUGCACGCUGGCUACGCGGGCCACCAUCACCCCUCCGCCGGCAGCCUGGUCCAGCUGCCUUUCCUCACCGCCAGCCACGUCCUGUCCCCCUUCAUGCUGGGGACGCAGAGCUACGCUGCGCCCGCCUUCUACAACACACACCUGUAG